AUGAUACUACUACUACUAUUCUUCUUCCUGGGCCUUUCUAAUGGCGCCAACAACGUGACUGAAACUACUCUCAAAGUUCUUUUGGAGGUGAAGUCAUCGUUUCUUCAAGACCCACUGAAGGUUCUGGCGGAUUGGAGAUUCAACAACACUAACUACUGUUCAUGGAAUGGAAUCACAUGCAAUGAUGAUAAAACCGUCGUGGGAAUCAACCUAUCUUCCUCUUCACUCAAUGGCUCAAUAUCACCGUCACUCUCUCGUUUACAAUCUCUUCUUCAUCUUGACCUCUCUUCUAACAGUCUUGUGGGUCCCAUCCCUGUCACUCUCACUAACCUCACUUCAUUGGAGUCCCUUCUUCUUCUCUCCAACCAACUCACCGGUCACGUUCCCGCCGAGUUCGGCUCCAUGCCCACUCUCCGAAUCCUCAAACUCGGUGAUAACCUACUCACUGGUUUUAUUCCUCCUUCGCUUGGGAACCUCGUCAAGCUUAGCUUUCUUGGACUCGCCUAUAACGCACUCGCUGGAACGAUUCCAACUCAUCUGGGUCAACUCACCGAGUUGCAGCAGCUGGUUCUUAAGGGAAAUAUGUUGACGGGGACGAUUCCCGUUGAGUUAGGGAACUGCUCCAGUCUCCAGAUACUCAACCUUGCAAGUAACAAGCUGACGGGUCAGUUACCGAGUCAACUCGGGGAGCUGAGUGAACUCACUGACUUGGUCCUCAUGGAUAACCAGCUUGUGGGUAACAUUCCAAAGUCUCUUUUUCAACUGGGCAAGCUUCAAAUUCUGGACUUGUCAAUGAACAAUCUCACUGGAGAGGUUCCAGGUGAGUUUGGAAACUUGAGAGAGUUACAGAACUUGAGUCUCUCUUGGAACCAAUUUCAUGGUAGUACUAUUCCUAGUACUAUGUGUUCCAAUAAUGCAUCAAAGUUGGUGUCUUUGAGUAUUUCAGAUUGUGGGCUUCAUGGUGUGAUUCCAAUUGAGUUAGCUCAGUGUGUAGCAUUGAAGGUUCUUGAUUUGGCUAAUAACUCUCUCAGUGGUUCAAUCUCUCCCUUCAUUAUUGGAAACCUUACAAAUUUGGAGGAAAUUUAUUUGUACAGAAACAAGCUGAAUGGUUCUUUUCCUAGAGAGAUUGGGAAGCUUGGCAAGUUGCAAAGUUUGUCCCUUUUUGAGAAUCAAUUAUCUGGGCAGAUACCUUCGGAGAUUGGUAACUGUCUAGGGUUGCAAUUGAUUGAUCUUUUUGGGAACCAAUUCAGUGGUGGGAUUCCGAUCACUAUUGGAAGGCUUAAAGAGUUGAAUUGGUUUCACCUUAGGAAUAAUAACCUUGAGGGGAAAAUUCCUGCCACACUUGGUAACUGUCAAAAGAUGAAGAUGAUUGAUCUGGCAAAUAAUCAGCUAUCAGGUUCAAUUCCGGCAACAUUAGGGUUCCUGAGAGGAUUGGAUCAGCUCAUGCUAUACAACAAUUCUCUUGAAGGCAAUCUUCCUCACCAGCUUGCAAAUGUAGCAAACUUGACAAGAGUGAACCUUUCAAGGAACAAGCUUAAUGGUAGUUUGGCUCCAUUGUGUAGCUCAAGUUCAUUUCUUUCCUUUGAUGUAACUGAUAAUAAAUUUGAUGGUGUGAUUCCCUUUCAAUUGGGAAAUUCACAUUCUCUUGAUAGGCUCAGAUUAGGUAACAAUAGAUUUUCUGGUGAAAUUCCAAGGACAUUGGGGAAAAUCACUGAGAUGACAUUGUUAGACUUAUCAAGAAACUCACUCUCUGGACCAAUACCAGAUGAGCUUUCCUUGUGUCACAAUCUUUCCCACAUUGAUCUGAACAACAAUUCGCUGACUGGACCGAUACCAUCGUGGCUCGGAACCUUGCCGGAACUGGGAGAGCUUAAGCUCUCGUUCAAUCAACUUUCUGGGUCUCUUCCAUUAGGCCUAUUCAAUUGUACAAAGUUGCUAGUACUCUGCCUUGAUGGAAAUUCCCUUAAUGGAAGCCUCCCAGGGCAUAUUGGUAAUCUUACAUCACUGAAUGUCCUUAGGCUUGGCCAAAACAAUCUAACUGGGUCAAUUCCUCAAACAGUUGGUAGGCUAAUCAACCUUUAUGAGCUGCAGCUUUCAAGAAAUGGAUUCAGUGGUGAGAUUCCGUUUGAGAUUGGAAACCUUCAGAAUCUUCAAAACAUUCUGGACCUCAGUUACAAUAAUCUCUCUGGUGAGAUCCCAAGUUCAAUUCGUUCGCUUUUGAAAUUGCAAGCUCUUAAUCUUUCCCACAAUCAACUCAGUGGUGGAGUCCCUCUGCUGCUUGGUGAAAUGUCAAGCUUGGACCAACUUGAUCUCUCUUACAAUAAUUUACAAGGCCAGCUGGAUAUGCGAUUCUGCCGCCGCUGGCCUUUGGAAGCUUUUGCCGGGAACCUUCACCUUUGCGGCGCCUCUAAGUGCAGCAAAGUCUCUUCCGUUUCAAGUAUUGUUGCAAUUGCAAUACUAAUGUUUGCAGGCAGAGUUUUCCUUAAAAACAAGCAAGAAAUUUUUAGGAAGUUUGGUGAAGUGAAUUGCAUUUACUCCUCUUCUUCACAUGCAAAGAAGCGAUUUCUGCUUCCUCUUAACAUUGGUGGGAACCGAGAAUUCAGGUGGGAAGAUAUCAUGGAUGCUACAAACAAUCUAAGUGAGGAAUUCAUCAUUGGUUCUGGAGGUUCCGGGACGGUGUACCGAGCCGAAUGGGCCACCGGAGAGACAGUAGCUGUGAAGAAGAUUUCAUUCAAAGAUGAGUAUCUCUUAAACAAGAGCUUCAUAAGAGAAAUGAAGACUUUGGGGAGGAUUAGGCAUAGACAUUUGGUGAAACUGAUUGGUUGUUGUAGCAACAGAAAGAAAGGAUGUUCAGGUUGGAAUCUGCUGAUAUAUGAGUACAUGAAGAAUGGGAGUGUGUGGGAUUGGCUUCAUGGAAGAACAUUGAAGGAAAAAGGGAUCCUUGAUUGGGAUGCAAGGUUCAGAAUUGCUGUGGGAUUGGCUCAUGGAUUAGAGUACCUUCAUCAUGAUUGUGUUCCAAAGAUUAUUCAUAGGGACAUCAAGACCAGUAACAUAUUGCUGGAUUCAAAGAUGGAUGCACAUUUGGGUGAUUUUGGACUUGCAAAAGCACUCAUUGACAAUUCUGACUCCACUUCCUGUUUUGCUGGCUCUUAUGGUUACAUAGCCCCUGAGUAUGCAUACACAAUGAAGGCAACAGAGAAGAGUGACGUGUACAGUAUGGGAAUUGUGUUUAUGGAACUUGUAAGUGGCAAAAUGCCAACAGAUGAAGCUUUCAGGGGAAACAUGGACAUGGUGAGAUGGGUGGAGAUGCACUUCCACAACCAAGAUGCCGCCAUGCGUCAGGAGCUCAUAGAUCCUGAGCUGAAGCCGCCUUUACCCACCGAGGAGUUUGCCGCGUUCCAAGUGGUUGAGAUAGCCACGCAGUGUACAAAAACUGCACCACAGGAGAGGCCAUCUUCAAGGCAAGUUUGUGAUCUUCUUCAGCAUGUUGCCAAAAACAAGAGAUUCAAAUUUGAGAAGAAGGAACUUUGGGAGUCAACACAAGUGAUCUGA